CAAGUCCACCGGGUCCCCGACGGAGCCCAUAGUAGUGCUUGCGAGCCGUCCGCGCCUCUCGAUACCUCCCACUAAGCAACGAUGCCUUCGAAAGCUGCCGGUCGGGCAAAAAAGACGGCGGCAGCGACGGCGGUCAAGGCUCCCACCAACGGAGUCAAAUCCACCACAGAGGCAACAGAAAUAACAACGACAGAGCAAUAUCUGAACCUCAUUCAACCAGACGAUAUACCCCAUGAGGAAGAAUGCCUACGGAAUCCCUACACCCUGAAGUGCUGGUUGCGAUACAUUGAGCACAAGAAGAAAUCCCCUCUCGAACAACAGAUCUUCAUUUACGAGCGUGCCGUUAAGGAGCUUCCAGGAAGUUACAAACUAUGGAAAGCAUAUCUUGACUUACGGGUCAAUGUGCUACUCGACGCUGUACCGGACAAAGAGACUGGGCUCCGACAGCCGAAACGGGAUCUCAGCGAUAGGGAGUGGGAACGCGUGAAUUAUUGCUUCGAAAGGAGUCUGAUUCUUUGCAACAAGUUCCCCGUCAUCUGGUUAAGCUUUUCCAACUUCCUGAUGCAUCAGCAGCGGGUCACACGGUGUCGACGGACUUUUGACCGCGCCUUGCGGUCUUUACCUGUAACGCAACAUGAGCGGGUAUGGGAACUGUACCUGAGAUUCGCAAAGGACGUUGGAGGGGAGACCGCCGUACGGAUAUGGAGGAGAUACAUAAAGCUGGAGCCGCAAGAGGCUGAAGAGUUCGUCAACGUCCUCUUGUCGCUCGAACCACAAAGGCAUGGAGAAGCGGGACGGGUGCUCGCAUCCAUUGUGGAGAACCCAAAGUUCACAUCACGGAAAGGCAAGAGUCCCUAUCAGUUAUGGACUGAGCUCUGUGACCUCGUAACAGAGCCUCCGAAAGACGUCGAGCAACAUGAACGGGCUGAGAAGGUUGAUGCUGAACGCAUCAUUCGAAGCGGAAUAUCGAGAUUCUCAGAUCAGGUCGGAAGACUGUGGAAUAGCUUGGCGAAAUACUGGAUGUUCCAACAGGAUUGGGAGAAGGCUCGUGACGUGUACGAGGAAGCCAUCAAGUCUGUGAAAACCGUGCGAGACUUUUCCAUCGUCUUCGAUGCGUAUGCCGCCAUGGAGGAAAGUGUCCUGUCAAGAAGCAUGGAAGAGCUGGCGAACGACCCGGAAAGCGCAGAUGUCGAUGACGUUGACAUUGACCUCCGGUUGGCGCGUUUCGAAAAACUGAUGGAGCGUCGUCCGUUUUUGGUGAACGACGUACUACUCCGCCAGAACCCUCACAACGUCCACGAAUGGGAAAAGAGGGUGGAUCUAUGGAAGGAACGGGACAACAAAGCCAAGGCUAUCGAAACCUACAAAGACGCCAUCAAAACGGUACAUCCGAAACGGGCCGCCGGCAAGCUGCACAUGAUGUACGUCCACUUUGCCGAAUUCCACGAGCAGAACGAGGACAUGGACGCUGCUCGUCAGGUUUUCGAGGAUGCCACAAAGGUAUCCUACAAACGGGCAGAUGAUCUGGCCGAAGUAUGGUGCCAAUGGGCGGAAAUGGAGCUCCGACAUGAGAACUUCGAGGAGGCGCUGGAAGUCAUGGGACGGGCUACCACCCCACCGAGGGGCAGCGCGGCUUUCCAGGGUUCCAUCCGGUACUCGGACGAGAGUCGGGAGCCGCAGCAGCGGUUGUUCAAGUCCAUCAAGCUCUGGUCGUUCUUUGUGGACCUGGAGGAAUCGAUUGGAACGGUUGAUAGCACUAAGGCGGUGUACGACCGGAUUAUGGAAUUGAAGAUUGCUACGCCUCAGAUUAUCAUCAACUAUGCGAGCUUUUUGGAAGACAACAAAUGGUUUGAGGAGAGUUACAAAGUCUACGAACGUGGAAUCGAUCUGUUCGGUUACCCAAUCGCCUUCGACAUCUGGAACAUCUACCUCACCAAAUUCAUCGCUCGUUACGGCGGCUCUAAACUCGAGCGCGCCCGCGAUCUGUUCGAGCACGCCGUAGACAAGGUCCCCGAAAAGUUCGCCAAACCCCUCUACCUCAUGUAUGCCAAACUAGAAGAAGACCACGGCCUCGCCCGGCACGCCAUGCGCAUCUACGACCGCGCCACCCGCGCCGUCGGCGACGACGACCGCUUCGAGAUGUUCACCGUGUACAUCGCCAAAGCCACCUCCUUCUUUGGUCUUACCUCCACCCGCGAGAUCUACGAGCGCGCCAUUGAGGCUCUCCCCGACAAGCAGGCGCGCGACAUGUGCGUCCGGUUUGCGGACAUGGAGACCAAGUUGGGGGAGAUUGACCGCGCGAGGGCGCUGCUGGGUUACUGUAGCCAGUUUGCGGAUCCGAGGAUGGAUCCGGAGUUUUGGAAGAUUUGGCAUGAGUUUGAGGUUAAGCAUGGGAAUGAAGAUACGUUUAAGGAGAUGCUUAGGUAUGUGAAUUGUUGAGUGUGGGUUUUCGGUCACUGAGACGUUUGGACUCAUAUUUGUCGAUCAUUUGUUCUUGUUUCUCCCAGAAUCAAACGCUCCGUCCAAGCCAAAUACAACACAGAAGUCAACUUCAUUUCCGCGCAGCU